AUGGAUUCAUCAAAAGUAAGAGUAUUAUCACCUGCGCUGGAUAGUCCAUUCAAAUCUACUGAAGUGCUCGGAAGUGCCUGAACCUUCUGCUAAGCGAGCGCACAGCGUACCGAUUUGCUACACGGCUUCCCUCGAAAGUGUGUGUUUGUGUUAGCGCGUGCAUUUUGGGCCGUGCGUGAACGAAGUCCCACAGUGUGAUACCAAGUAGGACACAGACGGACAAGUGUUACCAUCAACAAUCAAAUCGCCGUUCAACCCUAACCGGAAUCGGAGUCACCAUGCGCUACAUCUUGGUCGUUUUUGCGGCAACCGUCGCGUGCAUCUAUGCACAAAGCUUCAAGUGUCCACCAAAGGACGGUCAAUACGAGGACCCGGUCCAGUGCGACAAGUUCUACGAGUGUGUCGAUGGACGUGCCACCGAGCGACUCUGCCCGGAUGGGCUCGUCUUCGAUCCUACCAUUCGCAAGAUUAACAAGUGCGAUCAGCCUUUCAACGUAGACUGCGGUAACCGUGAAGAGCUGCAACCACCGCGCGGCAACAACCUGUGCCCAAGACGCAACGGAUUCUUCGCUCAUCCGGAUCCGGCCGUCUGCAACGUGUUCUACAACUGCAUUGAGGGUGAAGCUAACGAAAUCACCUGCACCGCUGGGCUGCACUUCGACGAGUACACGGGCACGUGCGUCUGGCCGAAUGAUGCCGGCCGUCAGGGUUGCAAUCCCGGAGCAAACAAGAAACUGAAGGAUGGAUUCACCUGCCCGAAGGAUCAGAAGACGGACGAGGCCGGACAGGUUGUGGCGCACCCGAAAUACGCCCACCCGACCGACUGCCAGCGGUUUUACGUCUGCCUGAACGGUGUGGAGCCGCGUGAUCUCGGCUGCCAGGUCGGAGAGGUGUACAACGAGGAGACAGAGCGAUGCGACGCACCCGAAAACGUUCCCGGCUGCGAGGACUGGUACAAGGAGAGUGACGAGAAGAAGAACUGAGCUGUCGUCAUGAAAUCCCUCACCCCGAGUUCCCUCGUUCUAGUUGUCCCUCCUAUUCCCCUCGUAAUUCCCACUUUGUAGUUUGUCGUCCAGUAAGAUGAGGAACGCCAAGAAUUUGUAGACUGAUGACACCUUCUCGGAAAUAUCCGACAUUCACCAUACCAGAAUACAGUAAAGAACGAUACAUAAGUUAUCAGGAAAAAAGAAAGAAAAAAGAAGAAGAAGAAGUAAACAACAACAAAAUGGCGACGGUCGCAGACCGUGCGCGUUGCGAUAUGUCGUUUGUUUCUGAACAACAACAACGGAAAAAAGAAAGCAAAAAGAAGUGCUCUUGUAUUAGCGCACGCCAAUGAAAAGACUCAUUACGUUUGUACUUUUGUUUUAAAAUAUGUUAACGAACCCCUCGAAGCUGUACAACCCUCCCUUGUACGAUUUUGUUCUCAAUUUGUUUUGAGCAAUAAUAAAUGAAAAAAUAAAAUAAAAAACAAAAACAAAUGACAGAAAACCUUAA